ACUAUGAAAUCGCCUUAUCUCUAGUUGAUGCAAAAUUUCCAAUAGGUUGUUUACUUAGUGAAACUUGACUAGUUGGUUAAGAAUUGAACAUAGUAUGUGCUAUUAAACCAACCAGUAUAAAAAUAGUGAGUAAUCUUCCCCGCUUAAUCUAUCAUAUUCUAUGUUAUGUAUGUUAAGCUAACUUAAAGAAAGCAGAGUCUUUAAACAUAGUUUGUGAAAAUUUUCUUAUGAGAAACUACAAAAAAUGUUAAAACACAAUCAACACUCCCUUAUGUUUUUCACGAUAAUAACCACAUACAAAGUAGAUUUUUACAAAAUUAAUAAAGCAAGAUAUUAUGCUAUAUCAUUUAUUACGAUAAGACUUCUUUUUUCCUCCUCUUAUCUCCUAAUGAUAUAAUCUGAUCAGUUCUGCAUCUUAUGUAGAUGACAGUGAACAUGCAUACACUAAAUGUUUUUUUUCUCCUUGGAGACGCAGCUCUAAAUUGUCUGCCAGUACACUGGUCCGGAAUGUCUUUCUUCGUGUUAUGGACAAGUUUAUAUGUCAUUUUCCAGUGGACUUUUCAUGCCUUUUCCUGGAUUUGGUGGCCAUACCCGUUCCUUACUUUGUCAUCACCCUAUUCUCCAUUGUGGUACUUGUUGAUUGCAUUGCUACAUAUUCCAUGUUAUGCCAUGUUUAAGCUGAUUGUAGAAAUCAAACAUUAUUUCUUGUCGAAAUGGUUCCCUUCCUCCACUCAGUUCUAAAGAUUGAGUGGUCUAAGACUGGGGCCCCUGAAGAGCUAGAAAUGGCUUAGCCUGCACCGACUACAUUUAGCUCUCCCAGCUGCACUGUGGAUGGUUGAGGUUUGUUACUUGCUUAUGGCUCAAACAAAUUAGUGAUAGUUAGCCAACAUAGUAAAGUGAAUCUUCCAAAACCGAGUUUCUGCUACCAUUCAACUGCUUUCCAGAGCAAAGUAGAAGCAGGAUUUAUGUAGGAACGAAUAGAGUAAGGAGCCAUUAAUUUUAUGGUACAAUAUUGUUCUAUUCCUCAAUAGUUGGGACUAGGAAUCAUGUUUACUAUGUGAUUAUCAAUGUACCACUCAUCGACUCAUGGUCCCACGUGUAGAUUUGUAUUCAAUAUCACAAUAGUCCGGGAAAUGGUAUAUUCCCAUUUUUGCUAAAGUAACUUUAGAACAUCGUUUGUAUUGUUUAUUGGCUUAAUUAUUCCUUUAAUAUUUGUAGUUAUAUUUAUUUUAGGUUCUGAUUUCUACACAUUAAAAAAAAUCAUUUUACUCCCUACAAACUCCAUA